AGGCAAGUCGGUUGUACCUUCCGUAACCACAUGGUGGGUGUAAGCUCUUGGAAACGUAAUAACAAGCAUACGUGAUUGUCAUUAGGUUCAUAAAGAGCAUUAGAAACUAAAUGUCAUUGCCACGUUAUGAAGUCGGCCAAGUGUGUUAGUUUUAAGCAGUUAGACAGGAACCAAAUAAGCUGCGCUCUGUGGGAACUGGAGCGUGCCUGGCUGCCUACGCUGCUACACUUUCGAAUCCUCGGCUCUGAAGGUCCAUUGGGAGGAGGCGAUACCCUGAGCGUUUAACGGGUUGUGCGCAUACGCGGAUGUAUGUGUGUCGUGGCUUUCGUCUUGCCUUCAGCUCGGCCCGCUCUAACGAUUCAAAGCGAUAACUGUUCAAAGCGAUGAAAUGACCCGCUGUCGGACGAUCUCAAGAUUUGAACUUUGGAUUUAGCUAAAGGUAAGUGUGAUCAUGGGUCCUUUUGGGAAUGGCUCCAUCCAUAUAGACACCCGCAGCUGUUUCAAUGCCACCCAGAGCACUGUCCUGAAGGGCGUCCAGUUCGGAGGGGUGCCGGUCGUGCUCCUGCUGGACUUUAUAAUGUUUCUGGUUCUGCUGCUGCUCUUCUCAGUUAUCAGGAAGAAGCUGUGGGACUACGGACGCCUGGCACUGGUGGCCGACAGUGAAGGGUUUGAUUCUCAUCGGCGUUAUGGCCGCAUGUCCGUCAUCUCCAAAGGAGAGGAGCCUGAACACGAGAAAGAUCUGUUUUCCUGGCUCCCUUAUAUCAUUAGAAUGGAUAUGGUGAUGGUGAAAGAGCGCUGUGGAGUGGAUGCCGUUCACUACCUCUCAUUCCAACGUCACCUGAUCGUGCUGCUGCUGUUUGUGUGUGUGAUGUCUGUGUGUGUCAUCCUGCCUAUCAACCUGUCUGGGGACCUGCUGGGAAAUGAUCCAUACAAUUUUGGGAGAACCACCAUUGGGAAUCUGAAAGAAGGAGAUAAAGUGCUGUGGCUACAUACAGUUAUGGCAGUACUUUAUCUUGGCCUGACGGUGGCGCUGCUGAGACACCAUACCGCUCAGAUGAAGGGCACACAAAGAGAAGAAGCCAGAAGUACACUGUUCGUCUGCUCUGUCCCCAAAAAUGCCAGUGACGAAGCUAUCAAAGCACAUUUCACGGAGGCGUAUCCCUCCUGUCAGGUGACUGAUGUUCGCCUCUGCUACGAUGUGGCUAAACUAAUGCAACUGGACAAAGAAAGGAAACGGGUGGAGAAAAACCUGCAGUACUACCAAAGGGUUCUGGAGCGGCAGGGCAAGCGUGAGGUCAUGAACCCGCACCUGUGUUGGUACUUCUGCUGCCCGUCCUGCCAGUGUCGGGCCUGCCAAGAGGUAGAUGCUUUAGAGUACUACAGUUCCCAGGGGGCUGUUCUGCAAGAGGCAGUGAAAAAACAGAAGCAGGAAGUUCCACAGCACACCCUGGGCAUGGCCUUUGUAACUAUGCAUACCCAAUCCAUGGCAACCUAUAUUCUGAAAGACUUUAACGCUGUGGACUGCAGAGCUGGGUGUGGCUGGGAGCCCCAGCCGUCAGCUAAUAGCGCAAGCCUGUGUGUGAGAGAAUGGCAAAUCACACAGGCAGCACACCCCAACAAUGUUUACUGGGAGAAUCUGUCUGUUCAGGGUUUCCGCUGGUGGCUACGUUUCCUCCUCAUCAACAUCCUCCUCUUCAUCAUGCUCUUCUUCCUCACCACCCCCUCCAUCAUGAUCACCACCAUAGACAAGUUCAACGUCAGCAAAUCCAUUCAGGACCUCAACUCUCCCAUCAUCAGUCAGUUCUUCCCAACUCUGCUGCUCUGGACCUUCUCUGCCCUACUGCCCACCAUAGUCUACUACUCUACUGUAGCAGAGGCCCACUGGACCAGGUCCAGUGAGAAUAUGAGUAUGAUGUACAAACUCUACAUCUUCCUGCUCUUCAUGGUGUUGAUACUGCCCUCUCUUGGCCUCACAAGUCUGGAUGUGUUAUUCCGCUGGCUGUUUGAUAAGACAUCUGAAGGCAAGCUGAGGUUUGAAUGUGUUUUCCUGCCAGAUCAAGGAGCAUUCUUUGUGAACUACGUCAUUGCGGCAGCCCUGAUUGGUUCAGGGAUGGAGCUGUUGCGGUUGCCAGGGUUACUGCUGUACACCAUCCGAAUAGCGCUUGCACGUUCAGCUGCCGAGAGGAAGUAUGUCAAGCAGAACCAGGCAUAUGAGUUUGAAUACGGGGCCAUGUAUGGCUGGAACCUGUGUGUCUUCACUGUUAUAAUGGCCUACAGCAUCACCUGCCCAGUCAUUGUACCUUUUGGUCUUCUGUAUCUCCUUCUGAAGCACCUGGUGGACAAGCACAACAUGUUCUUCGCCUUUCUACCCGCCCGCCUGGAUAGGCAGGUGCACCUGGGAGCUGUCAAUCAAGCACUGGCUGCACCAAUCAUCUGCCUGCUCUGGCUGUACUUCUUCUCUGUGCUCCGGACAGGUUUCAUGGCGGAGACGUCGCUCUUCACCCUGGUGGUCCUGUGCAUCACCAUCAUCAUAUGCAUCGCCUACUCCUGCUUUGGCCACUUCAAGUAUCUCAGCCCCCACAACUACAGGGCAAAGGAAGAGGAGGGGGAGGAGAGGGAGGAGUGUGCAUCAGCCAACUCUGAGGGCCUGGUAUAUGCCCCCAGAGUGUUGACCUCUGACCCUGAGAAUGAUUCGUCAGACAGCCCUGCUUUCAGCCAAUCCUACGGGGCCACGGACUGCAGCCCCGCCAUCUUGAGUGCAGAAGAGGACUCACAGCAGGAACCUUAGAUGGGGGGAACACCUGCGACUGUGUCACCCAAAGCCAUGAUGACCAGCGGCGUGUAUGGGCCCGACCAGAGGGAGUGACACUCUUGUCAGCCUUAGAAAUUUGAAAGCCACAGCCAAAGCCUGCCUACCCCUACCAAAGACUGCCUGCGAAAGCCAAAGUCAGUCAUUGAUUGGACCUUAUCAGUUGCUCUCUGGACAUGAUUGGUCACUUACGGGACCCAAUCAGUGUCUUCACAAGGGGACUGGUUGGUCGGUCAGUCACUGGACCCAAUUUGUUUAUUCAUUCAAGUAGCUCAUUCGGUGGACCUGUUCAGUCAUUACACAAAUAUUACUUAGUUGAACCAGCGGCUAGCCAUCACACUCCCCCAGAAAACAUGCAGGUAAAUAUGCGUCUGUAACCUCACUUGUUAGAGGUUCACGUAAACCAUGAAAAUAUUUAAACCCAUUUGUCAUGUUAAGUCAUUGAACCAUGUCUUCCAUCCAGAAAGCCUUCUGUAGGAGACCAGCUAUUUAGAGUCUCACUGAAGUGAGGAAGUCUUAAGGGACAGAUGAGGCCUCAUGAGUCAGCUGAUGCUAUAACGAGUUAGGCCCUGGUCUGUGCCAGACCUGGGUCGGAUACGUGCCAGAUCAGAGCCAAAUCCAUGCCAGGGUCCACUGCCAUGUGCCCCAGGGCUGUGACCAGUCCAGGGGAUAUUGAUGUCAAAGGGGGAGAGUGAAUCAGAGAUCUCAUUGGCCCAGAGUGUCUUUUCAAGGUGGCAUUGUGUGUUUAAGUGAGCGAGCAGAUCAUUAAGGGAAUGUCAAACUUUUCCCCGGAGUCACUGCUAUCAAUUUACGGGCUGCUCUGAACUCCAGACUGACACACCCCUCUCGCAGGAUAGGCAAUUAACAAACACACAUUUAUUUGUAUUAUGUCAAUUUCAAUCCGAUAUACUGCACACACAGUGGGUAAUGAGGGAUAUCUAACACCUCUGAAAUGCACUAGCUUUCUUUUGUUGCAGUCAGUCCAUUUACUGAGAAAAAAAAUUCCAAACACAUUUCAUGCCCAACAGUGUUAAGGCACAAGUAGGGAUUAGGGUGCCUCUCUGCUGGGGCAAAUGUUUGACAGAGAUGGCAAAUCAGUUGGGAUUAAUAUAGUAUUAUAUUAAAUUAAACGUACAUGCCUCUCUGCUGGGCCUGGGGCAAAUGUGUGGCAGAGAUAGCUAAUCGGUUGCCAUAUGGGCAUUGUGACCCUCGUCCAGCGAUGCCAGCCUCUCUCUCUAGGCAGCUGUGCCAGCUGUGCGUUAUUUCUGUCAACGCAAGUGCUACAACCCUAACCUACUGCCAAAGCAAAUAUCACACCUGAGUUGGCCAAAGGAAACGUAAUCAUACGUAACGUUCAUCUUACGUAUAAACCUAAUAUAACAUGUCAGAGCAGCAACUUUUCUGUAUAGAACAGCACUAAAAGUUCUGUAUGAUGUCGCAUUCAUACUUUGAUUGACUGUACAUACUUAUGCUGCUUUAAUGCAAAUUAUGAAAUUAUGUUAUUACGACGAACAAAUGAGAGUUACUGUGUAUGGGCAGUUUUUUGUGUGUAUUAAAACUAUAUUUCAAUACUGAAGAAAAUAA